CGAAGAAGGACCACCUAGGUGGGGUGAGAGGAACCGGCGGUGGUAGAAGCCGAAGAAGAGUUUCGGGGGGAACCGAGCAGAACCGUACGAACCUUCAUCGCGGCCGCAGUUGCGGAUCUUUUUAUCCCUGGUGCGCACGUUUCCUACUGUCCGGUUCGAACACUCUCGUGAAACGGGAGUAAGUAACAUACACAGACGCGUUGCAGCGCACCGACGAACGAGCGAACUUUUUAACCGAGAAGACCGAAGGGAGCAGAAAAUAUGGUUUACGAGAGCGACUUCUACACGACCCGACGGCCCUAUACGCGGCCCUACGUUUCGUCCUACAGCGUCACGGAUCGACCGAUCGCUUUACCGCUCUCCACUGUCCUCCAGUUGAGGGGCAUCCCUCACAUGCCAUACGUGGCGCACAAAAGGCUCGUGACUGUAAUCCACAUGCCGUACCAUACCGUGUACCACGGCGGCAGCCUGUUACCGAUAAGAGUACACGCACGGGUACGUCCCAGCGUACUCGCCGCGGAGAUCAACAGGAUACGGAACCUGACCAGGCCCUCGACCGAGUCCUACCUGGAGAAGUAUCUCCAAUCCAGGGAUCGCAUCUACUUCGACGACGAGGCGAGGGAAAUACGCGCGAAAGUGGAUUCUCUUCUGCGACGGGUACACGUAUACGUUCCUCGAGCUGUUGCAAGCGACUUUCUGGAGGAGAUCAUACCGGAACGUAUGCGAUGCGGAGAUUACGUGCGUCGUUUGUUGUCCGGCAAGCAGAACGCGAAGAAAGACCCGGAGCCGGUUUCCUGGUACGAGGUACCGGAAAGAGGUAACUUCGGCACGCUGGCGUGCAUAAAGUACGUGGCCGGGAACCCGCAGUCGGUCAGGAGGCCGUACUUCAAAGUCGCCGAUCUACGCCCGUCCGACAUCAAGAACGACGUGAAUUUUCUGAGUUACUACAAAAAGAACCGUCAGGCGGCUGCCAGCGCCUCGACGGACGGGCCGAUGACAGAGAGAGAAUUGCGAAAGGCUCGAGCACUAGAGCCCGAUGUGGACGUUACAGCUGUGAAAAGAGUGGUUAUAGUAGAGACAGAGCAGGACUCGAAGCCGGAGAAGAAGCGCGAAUCCAAGUGUGGAAAAACAGAAACUGCACAGAAGCCUGCGAAAGAACCCGAACCUGAACCUACACCUGUCAAAGUAGUUGAACUAGUAGCGGAACCUGUCAAGGAACCUGAACCUGAACCUGAACCUGUCAAGGAACCUGAACCUGAACCUGUGAAGGAACCUGAACCCGUGCCGGAACCUGUGAAAGAACCUGAACCAGUCCCUGUAAAACCGUCGAAACCAAAGGCCAAGAGAGCAGCUGCACCUGCUCCAGCACCAGAGCCUGCUCCAGCGCCUGCUCCAGCGCCAGAGCCUGUUCAGGAAAAAGAACAACCGGCUCCAGUGGAAGAAGCGAAACCGGAACCAGUGGAAGAAGCGAAACCGGAACCAGUGGUCGAAGCGCAACCGGAACCAGUGGUCGAAGCGCAACCGGAACCAGUGGUGGAAGCGAAACCGGAAACAGCCGAAGAUGUGCCAGCUGAAACGACAAGCGCAGACGGUCAGGUCACAGAAGCUGUAAGUGAAAAGGAUGGGGCAGAGGAAAACGAUGCAGCGGAUCAGAACGUGAGACAGGACAAGGAUGAGGCGAUCAAGAAAAUAGAACAAUACCUCGUGAAGGCUGCCGAGGAGGCCAAGUCCGACGAGGAGAGGAAACAGGCCGCCGAGGAUGAACGGGUGAAGCUCGAAAUGGAAGAGUUAAAGGCGUGGGAAGCAUUGCAGGCGGCCCAGGAACGAGCCGAGCAUCUUGAUGAGAUACUCGAGCAAGAGAAAGCUGAGGACGAGAGGCAAGCCGAGGAGGCGAAACUGGAGGCCGACCGAAUGGAGACCGAAAGAGUGCUAGAAGCGGAAAGACAGGUGGAAGAGGCACGAGUGGCAACGUUGCUGGAGGAACAGGAGAGGAUGAUCGUCGAGGAACACCUCGAGGAGGUUCGCCAGAAAGAGGAACUGGAGGCGAGGCUGGCGAACGUCGCGUUCAAUGACGCGGACGAAGUGAAAGAUCUCGAUCAUUCGCGCGACGACGCGAUCGCCAGCGAGAUCACCGAUCAGGAGAGAGAGGAGAAACCGUACGAGCUGAUCGCGGACGACGAGACGAGGAUCGAGGAAGAAAACGCGCAAGACGAGGAGCGUCUCGACAUGGUCGACGAUCCGUUCGUGGAGGAACCAGAGGGAGCGCAGUGCGUGUCCCAAACAGGCGGCAAUGCGAUCGAGGAAACAUCGAAGAUCGAGGAAGUGACGUCCGGCGGGGAGGAGAGUUUCGAAUGGGGCGACGAAGACGCGUAAAUCGUUCUCGGGGACCAGAUCCACUACAUUUUAAUCGUCACACGCCGCGAUUUAACGUGUCCUCGGCUAUCAUCAUCGCUGUUACAUUGGUUCGCACCUCAUUACGUCCGCGAGUCAGAGAAAGACAAAUCUCUGUCUCUUCGAACUCGAGUCAUCCGCAUCUCCAUGUCCAUCAUCUUCGUUGUUAACACGCCACUUAAUUUAUUUAUGUAACGAAUCGUGAACGAUAAAUGGCAACCAGUUGAUCGAGUUUGAACGUCGAUUUUCGUUGGUUUACCUUGCUGUCGCUCACGUAUAUACAGGGUGUUCCGCUUAAAACAGGCCACCUGAAUAUCUUCAUCUUGUGAUAAUACAAGAACUAUUUUUGACGUAAUUUAAAUGGUUUCAAGAGACGAAUCAGG